AUGGAUGGCUCCCUUGGCGAACAGUCGGUCUCUGGCGCCGCUCAUUAUACGCCUUCAAACCCAUCAGAGCCCAAAUGCUCAGAGCUAUUUCGAAUCACUCCGCCAGAAAGCUGGGCCAUCGACACAGGUAAUUUCUGCCUACCAAUCUCAAUCAAACCUAAGCUGUCCUUCCAGAUACAGCAACGAUCCUCCUGGAACCAAGGCUCCAUCUUCCCACUAUUCAACAUCUGGCGUCCAGGACUUUUUGGUAGCUCGCUUUCACAACUAGGGUCCGACCCUGUUAAGCUAAAUCGCAAAAACGACCUCAUCGUCACAGCACACGAAAAUGACACCAUUGACUUCAAGGAAUGUGACAACGAUAUUAUUGCUUUCAGCACAGAAGGCCUAAUCGCCGGCAUCGAUGUCGAUCCACCCCCUUCUUCGCUUGCAAAGUGUGCUGUUGCCACCGAGGACGAGUGUUCCUGCCCAACGGCGAGCGCUGGAAGUGGAUUGAAAUCGACUGCGAGCACUAUCAAUUCCAGCGCGACGAUGAUGCUCGGAAUACGCAUUCGUUCCAGAGGGCUUCCGAAAGACUUGCCCUUUGCUAUAGAUGAAUUUACCCGCGUCUGUCGGAUCAACAAGUCCGGCGUGGACUGGGAGGCGGAUCCGAAUGAAAGCCCCGUCGCUGUUAUGAAUCGAGAUGGGUUUGUUUUUCUUGAUGGGAUGGGAUCGAAGAUGGCUGAAAGUCAGAGUGAGGACAAUCGGAAUUUGAUUCUGUUGUCGGGGCUUGCGAUUGCGCAGUAUGAGGGCUGGUUGACGGAGUGA